CUUGCGAAUCUUCCGGGAAGUUGUUGCUGUUUGACAGCACAUAUCUCCUACUGUAGCUGAAAAUCCAUCAAAUAAUAUACUUUAUUGGCUUUCUACGAUUGUGAGUAAUGGCUGUGUUCAGUGACUGCUCUGUGGUUCUGGACCUGAAAAAUGUCCGUUUUAAGGAGAAGAAGAAGCUGAUGACUGCUAUAGUUGAUCAUGGAGGAAACAUAUCAUAUGUAGUGAACCAGAAGUGCUCAUUUGUGGUUGCGAGCAGCCUGGAGAACAUAAGCAGCAGCAGGUUGAGAAGUGCUCAGAAACACCAGACUCCUGUGGUCGGUCAGCAGUAUGUGUGGAGCUGCCUGGAGAAAGGACAGCUGCUUCCUGUCCAAGAACAUGUCUUAAAGUCACAGAGCUCAGGGAUCACACCUGAACAAGCCGGAUUGAAGUCCAGCAUUUGGCCUCAAACAAGUAGCAUUCAUAAUGAGAAACCCGAGACUCCACUGAAGGAUGGCUCGUACCAGGGCCGGUUCAGAUUCUACAAGGAAAAUGAUCAUGAUAUUCCGGAAUUUUCUUCAGAUUUCCAAGUUGCCAAGUACUCCAUUUUGUCCAAGCCUAACACAUGGUCAGUUCUGGAGCUUCAGAGUGCCAAAGGCCAAGCAGGACAGCAAUAUCGUGUUGUGAGCUCCAUCAUACACGAGGCAGAGAAGAGUGUGGUGUGGGAUAAGCAGAUGCACAGCUGCAGCUCUGAGGAUGCUGUGGAAGGGUUUCUGAUGCUGAGCAAGGAGCUGCAGCUCCAAGGCUUCACUCAGAAACAAACACUUCCCCCAUGGGCUGAAAAUCUGACCUCUCACAGCCUCCAGCAGCUUCUGUUGGAGGAGAGGCUGAACUGCAGCACAGUCUCACAGGAAGUGGGCGGCUUUGUGGAACUCAUCUGGACGGAAGCUCUCGGUUCACUUAACAGCAUCCUGACUGUCCCUGUUACCAGCAUCAGUCUCAAUGAUGUGAGCAGAGCGGAAGGAUUACUGCUGCAGGUACAGAAAACUCAGUGUGAGGAUGAAGUCAAGGGUCUGCUGGAGGAAGUCGACACUCUGCUCCCUCUUAGGAUAGCAGUGCCAGACUCAAAAAACAAGCUGGUGUCUAAGAAACUAGAUCUCUGUCAGCUGAUCAGAGAUAUCUUGAACAUGACGGAGACGACAAUGGGAAACCCCUGUCCAUCCUCUCUGGGGAAAUAUCGUGCUCUGAGGUGCAGUAUUGAGCAGGUGCCAUCUCAAAGCCCAGAGUUUCUGUCUGUCUCCCAGCUUCUGCAGGAUAGACCAGCUCAGAUCCAGCAGAUACUGCAUGUGAGUAGAGGGGCAGAACUUCAUAUGUUUAGGAAUGAACUCGGCAAUAUCAAGCCUCUCCUCCAUUCCACUGCUUCUACCAGCCUGGUAGGAAUCCUGUCUCGGGGUCUGUUACUGCCCAGGGUCGGAGUAGAACAGCAUGGGAUUGAAAGAACAGACAUUGGGAAUCUGGGAAGUGGCAUCUACUUCAGUGACUCAUUGAACACAUCGGUCAAGUAUUCCAAACCCAGCAUGACGGAUGGUUCUCGGCUCCUGCUGGUGUGCGAGGUGGCUCUGGGCCAGUGUAAAGACCUGCACAAAAGGGAUUUCACUUUGACCUCUGCCCCUGAGGGCUACAACAGCGUGCAUGGAGUCCGGCGUAAACAAAAUGCACGCUCUGAUUUUGAGGACGAUGAAUAUGUGGUGUAUAAUACAGACCAGAUCAGGCUGAAGUAUGUAGUUCAGUAUCUUCUACCUGAAGAUGAAGUGAAGGACUUUCAGCCUCAGGUUGACAUGACUCUAGCACCUUUGGUUUCAUCGUCAAACCUCUUGUCCACUGAUGAUGGCGAGGGUUUGGGAGUGAUCAAGAACUCUCUGGAGGAGGUCACUGCCGGUUUAUUGGACAGUAAUGGUCAGACUCUGCCACUGCAGGCAGUACAUGUGAGAUGUAAGCUAAUGGACCUUCUUUCUCAGGUUAUCAUUUUCCAGACAUAUACAAAUGACAGCAAUGUUCCCAUAGAGGCAAAGUAUGUCUUCCCUCUAGAAGAGACGGCCGCAGUGUGUGGUUUUGAAGCCUUCAUUAAUGGAAAGCAUGUUAUUGGAAAGGUAAAGGAGAAGGAGCAGGCACGUAAAGAAUACAAGCAGGCCAUAGAGAAAGGCCAUGGAGCCUACCUGAUGGACCAGGAUGCACCUGAUGUGUUCACCAUCAGUGUAGGAAACUUGCCCCCCGGAGCCACAGUGCUGAUCAAAGUGACGUUCAUCACUGAGCUGGUUGUGAGAGCAGGAACCAUUGUCUUCUCCCUUCCAGCAAGUGUAGCUCCAUGGCAGCAAAGCUCAGCACUGAACCAGAAAACUCAGACGACUGUUGAAAAGGUCUGUGUGAAGGAGCUUCCUCCAAAAGGAGAAUUCUCUCUGUGCAUGUCUAUUGAGAUGCCUUACGAGAUCAUAAACCUGGAGUGCUCUCAUCAAAUCAAAAUGAAGAGGACAGAUUGUAAGGCCGUAGUGAGCACAUUACCAGACCAGACUCUUAGCAACGAUGGAUUCCGGCUCAGCUUUACUCUGUCUGAGAUCCAUAUGCCCAGAAUGUGGGUUGAGAAACAUCCAGAGAAGGACACUGAGGCCUGCAUGUUGGUGUUUUAUCCACACUUUGAGUCCAGUGGACUUUCUGUGUCGGGUGUGAGUGAUGUGAUCAUUGUGCUGGACACGUCAGAGUCCAUGCGAGGAGAUGCUCUGCUGAACGCACGCAGGAUUGCUCUGAAGGUCCUCAACUCACUGGACCGCUCACUAAAAGUCAACAUCAUCUUCUUUGGUUCUGAUUAUAAGGAGGCUUUCCCUUCACCAAGUUUGCUACAGGAUGUAUUUGAAGAAGCCAAGAACUUCAUUAUGUCCACGACUGCUGUUGGCGGCAGCACUGAGCUGUGGAGACCCCUUCGCACCCUGAAUCUGCUGCCUCCUUCACGUGGUGUAAGAAACGUGUUGCUUGUCUCUGAUGGACAUGUGCAGAACCAGCCGCAAAGCCUGCAGCUGGUGCGAGACAAUAUCAGACACACACGCCUCUUCACCUGCGGCCUCAACCCCACAGCUAAUCGUUACAUGCUGAGAGCCCUGGCUCAGGCAGGUGGAGGAACUUAUGAGUUCUUUGACACCAAGACAAAGUACACCUGGGCUGAGAAGGUGAAUUCUCAGGUGAGGUGCAUGGUAUCACCAGGCUGUAGCUCUGUGGCAGUUAAGUGGCAGCAGUUCAACCCCACAGCUCCCUCUCCAGUUCAGGCUCCCUCACAGCUCCAUGCUCUCUUCAAUGACCGUCACACUCUGGUCUAUGGAUUUGUCCCACACUGCACUCAGGCUUCACUGUUCGGUGAUCUGAGUGGCCAGAAAAUUGAGACUAUGGUUUCUACUACAGAAUUACAGAAGACUAAAGGAAUAUUCCUUCACAAACUAACAGCAAGAGCAAUCAUCAGAGAUUAUGAGGAUGGCAGCCUCGGAUCUAAUGAGGCAGAACAUGAGGGGAAGAAAGCUGAGCUAAAAUCCUACAUCACUGAGCUCAGUAAAGAGUUCUCUAUCCUGUCGCAGUUCACCAGCUUCGUUGCUAUUGAGGAGAGAGACCAGGAACAGCCUGACUCCGGCUUUACUGACGUCCCUAAGAUAAUUGCAGAGGAAGAUGUGGAUAUUCUCUCUUACAUGGGCUGGACUGAACACAGACGGAGGAGUCUGGAGUCCGAAUCGUCUGACGAUUCCGAAUGGUCUGAAUAUUUUGUUGGGGCCUGUAUUGACUCUUCACUGGAUGCUAAAGAUGAAUGUCAAUCAGAUGUUUCCGAUUUGGAGGAAGAAGAUGAAGUGCAUUACUUGGGGUCUGAUGAACUUUUCGGCAUACCGUUAAUGGCAGAAGACCAACCCACUCCUGAUCUUGAUAGCGAUUAUGCAGCACUGCCCCUCAGAGCUUCUAUUGAAACAGAACGAUCUACACGCUCAUCUCCUCCAGCUUUGCCGACUUUUCCAGAUUCAAUUCUCGAGAUGCAGCUUGAUGCACCCAUGGAUUCAGAAUGUGCUUACCUAGACUAUAUUCAAGAGAGUAUUUCACCCCCGGCCACUCAAUCUACUGACAGUACAGAGGCAUCUGCAAGACUCAAUAAGCGUUUUGCUGAUUCACUUUCAGCUUUCCAUACAGUUGGUUAUGUCUGUUCUCCCACUACUACCUUAAACUCAGUACCUCGUUCUGAAAGCAGUGAAUCCUGUCAGCGCACCCAAAGUUGCCAUGAGGCGUUCACUCCUCCCAGUAAUGAUUUUGAAAUCCCUCCUCUUUCUUCUCCUCUUGCUCCUCCUCCUGCUUCUAGAUUAAAAUCAAGAACUUUUCUUCGCAAAGCCGCUCUACAACUUUCUUCAUCUAUGCAAGCUUCUCUUCCUAGUGCUAUUUUCGGGGCCACUCCUCUUGGUGUUAAUUCCGGAGUCACUCCCUCUACUAGUGAAGAAACUGCUCCUAGUUUUCUUUUCGGAAUGUCUGCUCGUGGUUCAAAAAUGUUUGCUUUUGGACUGCCUCGUCCUCAAACUGAUGGUUUUGGAUGCUCUCCCUCUCCUGUUGCAUUAAUGGCAUCAGAUUCUUCAGGAGCCCCUGCUGCUCCUCCUAGUGUUUGUUUUGAUGCCCCUCCUGUACCUUCUACUGUUGGAGACAGAGGAACUGUUUUUUCUCGUAAUGUUUGUGCUGCAGAACUUCAACGAUCUUCUCAUGUUAGAGUCAGAGCCCUUGCUGAUCCUCUUAGUGUUUGUUUAGAAGCCCCUCCUGUACCAUCUAAUGUUGUCAGAACCCCUGCUUUUUCUCCUGCUAUUUAUGCUGCAGCACCUCAACAAUCUUUUAAUCUUGCCCCUGAUGCUCUUCCUCCACCUCCUCCUAAAUAUGGUUUUGGAGCCCCUGCUCCUCCUCCUCCUGGUGCUAGUUAUGGUUUUGGAGCCCCUGCUCCUCCUCCUCCUGGUGUUAGCUAUGGUUUUGGAGCCCCUGCUCCUCCUCCUCCUCCUCCUGAUGUUAGCUAUGGUUUUGGAGCCCCUGCUCCUCCUCCUCCUCCUCCUCCUCCUACUGUUAGCUGUGGUUUUGGAGCCCCUGCUCCUCCUCCUCCUCCUAGUGUUAGCUGUGGUUUUGGAGCCCCUGCUCCUCCUCCUCCUCCUCCUCCUAGUGUUAGCUGUGGUUUUGGAGCCCCUGCUCCUCCUCCUCCUCCUCCUCCUAGUGUUCGCUGUGGUUUUGGAGCCCCUGCUCCUCCUCCUCCUGGUGUUAGCUAUGGUCCUGGAGCCCCUGCUUCUCCCAUCCAUGAUGAUCUCCUCAGUCUUCCUAUUCAAAGUGAUGCAGUAGUUCAAAGAGGGAUUAUCAAGACACACAUUAGAAAAUCAGUUCCAAGAAUGGAGGAGGUGGAGUUUUUCAGUUUGAAAAAACGCUGCAGAAGUAGACAGGGUAAAAGACACAGACGACCUGACCAGAUCAGCUGGGAGGAGUUGUUUAACCUUCAACACCAGGAUGGCUACUGGGAAUGUACUGGAACACUAAGUAGAUUCCUGGGCCUGGAUGUGGACUUCUUUGCCAAUGUCUUCCUGAAAGAAAAAGGCAUCUGUUCUUUGGGUGAAAAAGCCCAUGCUGUCAUCCUGAAAAUGAUAGCCACACUGCUGGUGCUGCAGUUGAUCCGAGUGAAGAAGAUGGCUGACACUGAGCUGUUACAGUCUCUCUUCCACCUCACUGACCACCCCGAGCCCAGGCCAACCUGCUGGGAAGCACUGAAGAAGGCAGUGGAGUGGGUGUGCUGGGCAGACAAACAGUACCCAUGUGUGUACAGCAGGCUGGAGUUUGGGUGGGACUGGGAGUCCUGCACACGCCAGCUGCUGGGACUGGACUCACUGCCUCCCUUCUCACCUCUGAUCCCUGUGCUCCAGAGAAGUACACAUCUGCCAGUUAUGUAGCGACAAGGUCGUCAUCUGGAGUACAUCACAGAUAUUCCCUAUAUGUACAUUUGCUAAGUCCUAUUACUUAAUCCUGCUUUUUUUUUUUUAGAUAAUUUAGCAAUGCAGUGUAUACUCUAUUUUGGCCUGGGGCAUUUUUAAAAAAUAUAUAUUCUACAGAAAAGUUAUCUGUUUAAACACGUGAACAUAUGAAAGAAGUGAAGGAAGUGUUGUCAUGUGCUUGAUGUUCAGAGGAAGAGAAAUCAGUGUCAGUGCUUCUCUGUGUGAUGCCAGUUACCUGUGUCCUAUUUCUAUUUCCUGUGUUAGAAGCACCUUGCAUUCACUCUGUUAAGGUUGUCUUCACACUUUUGUUUCUCUCUGAUUUUUAAUCUAUGUGGAUUCUCGAAAAUGAGCAGAUUGCAAAUGUCACAAAUUUUAUUAGCUGAACUCCUUGGAGCCUAACUGAAACCAGGUGAAACAGAUAGAUAUAGAGCUUUGUUCUUUGGUCAUACAGAAUAGAACCUGAUGUGGGAUGUUACAGGGCUGUUUUUAUCAAAAAAAUCUGGAGAAAUCUCUCUCAGGAAAACUGGAUCAUGGCUGGAACUUCCGGUAGGACGGUGAUGCAUCCAAAUCCAAACACAAAUGACACAGAGUCAAGCUUUUGUUGCAGUCAUCCCAGUCUCCUGUACUGAACCACAUCACAAGCAUGUGGAGUGUGUCCUGGACAGAGGGCUGAGGAUCUGCUCAGAUACAGUAUAGUGUAUUGAUUCCUUCCUCAGUGUUGUUUAAUUUUCUCAGACAUUACAUGAGAAAAUUCAGUACUCCAAGGGAGGAUGUACAAAUGCAUGGGCGCCAAUAAUUUCUUUUGUUUGAAUAAUGUUCUUUAUAAUGGUUUUCACAGAAUACGUUUAUUAUGCUUGCUAUAUUUUGAGUGAACUUUCAUAAAACUUUAUAGUUUUGGGUGAAUGUUCUAAUAAAUUGAAAGCGUUUUUAUACACUCUAUGCAUGUGUAAUAGAUGUGCUAUUAGUCUCAUUUAUUUUAUAUAUGACUGUCUGUUGCCUAGGCAAUAAAAUAUUUCCCUUUCCUAUAAACAAUGAUCAACAAAAUUGCUUAUAUUAAAUACAUAUUUUGAUAAUAAAGUGAAAACAAUGUGUAGAGAUCUAGUACUCACCAAAGAUUCUCCAACAAACUAUUUUUUUAACAGCUCCCUAUAUGCUCACAGAAGAACGUGUUUAACUGCUGAAAGCGCCGUUAAGAGGGUUUGAAGGCACAGAAAAAACCUGCAUUUGCCUGUUUAGCAGUGAAAUGAUGAUUGUCAGGAUGUUCAACUCCUUAUUCAUAAUGCACGAACCACUUUUAUGCCUUAUAAAAUAAUUGCAUACAUUCAUGUGUGACAUGCUGUCAGAAAUGUGUGAUGAUGAUGAUGAUGUGAAGGCAUUGUUUCAACAAACCAUGCGAGCUGAAAUAAACAUAUGAUAUUAUUUGAUUCAUCUACUCGUGAUUAAUCACACAAAUCCUGUGAAAAUCAUGACAUGAAUAGGAAUAAACAUAACCCGGUUUCUUUGUGUGAAGACAUCCGAAUAAAAUACCAACAUGACGCAAUUUGGUGCUUUGCAUGAUGAACGAAAAAAAGCCUUGAAUACAACACAAGAUCCAAACACACCUAAACAUUAUAUUUCCAUAAGAUUUUUCACUUUGAAUGCGUAGUGAGGAAAUGACAUAUGAUCAAUUUUGUAAUCAUUUCUUG